ACAGAAAAGGAUACCGAUUUCAAAAUACAUGUAUUGUAUUGGAAUAGGCAUGGUAACUCUAUGUCUUAUUAUUACUCUGAGAUUUUUACCGUGCCUUUCCUAAUCUGUAACAUAACCACAGAUUAAAUAAUAUAACCACAAAUUUUGUUUAUGGUUUUUACCAUGUUCUUACAAUAAAAUGAAGUUGAACCAAAAAAGUAGUUCAAAUGAUUGAAAAUUUCUGUAAAAAAAUGGCAUAAUACAAGACUCAUGAAAGUUGAAUUAUUUACAUGAUAUUGGUAUUUUUCUAAUUACAAUUAUAAAAUGAAAAAUAUCCCUCUACACAGAUUUACUACAUCUCUUGAUGGCUUCAGAAAAAUCCCUGAAACUAUUAAAAACUUCCGCUGGCACUCUUCUGCCAAAGUGGUUCAGUCAGUCGAUAUUGAUAAAAUAAGAAACAUUGGCAUCUUAGCUCACAUCGAUGCAGGGAAGACUACAACCACGGAACGCAUGUUGUAUUACUCAGGAUUAAUUCAGCAAAUGGGAGAAGUACAUCACGGUAAUACUGUAACGGAUUAUUUGGCACAAGAACGUGAACGUGGUAUCACAAUCACAUCAGCCGCUAUAACAUUUUAUUGGAAGAAGAAUCAGUUUAAUCUCAUUGAUACCCCUGGACAUAUCGAUUUCACUAUGGAAGUAGAAAAAACGUUGAAUGUGUUGGAUGGAGCUAUAGUGGUGUUAGACGGGUCUGCAGGAGUCGAAGCACAAACGCUAACAGUCUGGAGACAGGCCGAUAGAAAUGAAAUACCUAGAAUUAUAUACGUUAAUAAAAUGGAUAGAGUCGAUUCAGAUAUAUUGAUGUGUUGUGACACUAUUGAUAAAAAGUUGGAGACAACAAGUUUAUUACUUCAGUUGCCAGUUUUGGAAAAUGGUAAACUGUCUGGGAUAAUUGACGUUUUAACAAUGGAGUUAUUGAAUUAUGGGUCUGCUAAAGACAAGCGUGUAAACAAAAUUCCUCUGACUGAAAAGCAACAUUGUAAGUAUUGGAAUGAUGCUAGUCUGGCUCGCUCGCAACUUAUUGAAAAACUUACCGACUUUGAUGACGAGUUAGCUAAUCAAGUCAUUUCUUGUGAAUCACUUGACUGUAUAUCGACCCCAGAUUUGAUCAAAUCGUUGAAAUCAGUAACAAGAAACCAGGUAGCUACUCCCGUGUUACUAGGCAGCUCCUACAAAAAUAUUGGGGUACAGUCACUAAUGGACGCUGUUAUAUUAUAUCUCCCUUCACCACAUAAAAGAUAUGAACAAUUUUCAGCUUUCGAAGACAAUUUGUGUGCCCGAGCAUUUAAAGUGAUACAUGAUAAACAAAGGGGACCUUUAGUUUUCUUCAGAAUAUACAACGGUUCUUUAAAAAAAGGUCAGAAGUUGUACAGCAUAAAACAGGACAGUUCGGAACAAAUGGGAAAAUUAUACAUUGCCUAUGCAGAUGACUUCGAAGAGGUCGAGGAGGUAACUAAUGGAAAUAUUGCAGUGGUAAGUGGCCUGAAAAAAAUUGUAUCAGGGGAUUUGGUGACAAAUUCCAGUUCUUCCAGUCAGAAGGCUAAAAAUAAUAUUGUUAAAAAAUAUAAAGGGAGUGAUGUUGAAACUUUACUAGGGUUGAAUGUAACUAUUCCCGAACCGGUGUUUUUUUGUUCUAUCGAACCACCUAGUCUUUCUGUUCAAAGUGCUUUAGAGCAAGCCUUAUUCGAGCUACAACGUGAGGAUCCAAGUUUGAGAGUGAAUCAUGAUCCUGAAACUGGACAGACUGUAUUGGCGGGAAUGGGAGAACUGCAUUUGGACAUUAUUCGAGAUAAAAUUCUCAGAGAUUAUAAAAUAGAGGUAGAUCUCGGUCCUUUGCAGAUAGCAUACAGAGAAGCCCCAGUGAAAGAGGUGACCGAUACUUUGACUGUGGACACCAAAAUUGGAAACAGUAAACAGUUCGUCAAUAUCAAGUUGAGCUUGGUCCCUUCAUUUGGAAAAGAACAUGGUGGAGACAUACUCAAGCUUGACAGGAGUCCUGAAUACGCCAGCAAUAUCUCAAAUAUAUUCCCAAAGCAUUUAGUUGCCAUCAGACAAGGUAAAUGAAAGUAAUUGUUGGAC